UGUUGUGGUUGUUUGUUGGUGUUGGUUUGCUAGGAUUGGGUCUACGUUAUAAAACUUACCAGAAGAAGUUGGGCCAAGGGGUUCCAAAAAGAGACUUCUCUGCUAUGAUCUGGCCUUUUAGAUUCGGAUAUGACAAUGAAGGAUGGUCUAAUUUGGAAGGAUCAGCUAAUUUACUUAAUGAGACAGGUGCAGAUUUUAUCACUAUUAUAGAGAGUGAUGCCUCUAAACCAUUCAUUGGGAACAACGAUCCAACAAUGUGGCUAGGAGAAAGACUAGGAUUUUACACAGAUUUUGGUCCAAGCACAAGAGAUCACACUUGGGGGAUCAUGGCACUAUCAAGGUAUCCAAUUGUAAAAUCUGCCCAUCACCUCCUUCCUUCACCAGAGGGAGAAAUUGCACCUGCCAUCUCCAUGACUGUCAACUUCACAGGGAAACUCAUUGAUUUUGUUGUCGCUCACUUUGGAAAUGAAGAAGAGGACUUGGACAGAAAACUCCAGGCUAUAGCUGUUUCAAACCUAUUGAAGACUAGCUCUAAGCAAGUUGUAUUUCUGGGAUACAUCACUUCAGCUCCUGGAUCCAGAGAUUAUACAGAAUUAAUAGAAAAUGGACAUGUCCAGGAUAUUGACAGUACAGAUCAUGACAGAUGGUGUAGCUAUAUUAUGUAUCGCGGAGUAAUAAGGUUGGGCUAUGCUCGCAUAUCUCAUGCUGGUUUAAGUGAUUCAGAAGUCCAGAUGGCCAAAUUUAGGAUCCCAGAUGACUUGGAUAGCUAUGUUGACAAUGACAGAAUUGUUACUGAUCCCAGCCAAGUUCCUGAGGACAUUCAUUUCAAUCCCAGGUUUGGAUCUUAUAAAGAUGGACAUAAUUAUGAGCAUAUUCAUCACUUUCAUAUGAGCACUCCUAAAUAUUUUAAGCAGACAAACUAGGCUGAGAAAGCAACGUAUCACUGGGACCAACGAGAAAGGUUUGUUGCUUGAAACUGGAUUGGCAGUCAAAAAGACUACAUUUCUUGAGGACGAGCAACUCCCGUGCUGCAUAACGCUGUGAAUGUCUGUCUCAUAGCUGGUGACUCUUCUCUUCACUGAGUUAUCAUGACUGUGAGAGAGGGAAGAAGCAUGCAUUUUGAUAAACUGGUAUCUACCUGGGCCAGAUACCUCCUUUGUACGCGGCAAAGCAAGGGUGGGAACUUGCUUUGGCGAUAACUUCUUCGACUUUUUUCAAGGUUUC